GAUGUUUAAAUAGAACAUAAGCGUUUCCUGGAUUUUCCUGAUUUUCAAGAAUUCUAUUUGUACGUCUGAUUCCAGUGGAUAUGAAUCUGUUGACAAAGCUAUAUUGUGUUAUAUAUAUCUGUUACGUCAGAUAACUUAAGUGACGAUCGAUGUCAUAUGCAUUGUGAAUGUAUAUAUACUCUCAUGCGUGUGAAACUGUGCUCAUUUAUACAUUUCGAACGUGAGAGUUCGGUUAUUCGUUGGAUAUCUAUGCGUGGUAAGCAUCAACUACUAGCUGCAUGAAAACCUAGACUAAACACACAUCUCAAUGGACUAUCCAGAAGAUGAUGUCUGAAACCAAGGACAUGGAGGACUUGCUGCGGGAGGGCAUAGAGAAGGUCAUGAAUUCAGAGUUCAUGCCCAUAGAUUAUGAGACAUUGGUGACGUCCAUGAAGGUUUGUCUCAGUCCAGCAGGAAUUCCAGAAAAGACUCAGGCUAUGAUACUCAUCUGCCAAUUCACAGAGUAUGCCUUGACACAGGGGUGUGACAUUUUUCAAGCUUUUCAAUAUUUCUACAGAACCAUGAUUCUUCUUGACAUCACUGCCAGGCUGGAUGGAAAGGAACCUGGUCAGGAACUGAUCAUAAAUAUGGCCUGUUCCAGUACUGGAAGCUUUCUGUGGAGGACCCUGUUCCUUGACAGUGAUAUAUGGAGGAUGAACGAAACGAGCACACUACAGAUGUUGAGAGACUUGAGAGAGUUGGUGUUUGAGUAUAUGAAGGAGAAUCCAGCAUUCUCGUUCUUCUUGUGCCUGGACUUGAUCCGAGCAUACAUGAUCGCUGGCAGAGGGUUCCCCCAAAAGCAAAAGACAAGGACAAGAGGUGAUCUCAUACUCCUUCUGGCCAAGUGCAGCUACCAAGCAGGGCAGUACAGACUCUGCACCAGAUACAGUAAAGAGGGUACGUUCUUUUUAAAUAGAUCAGAUUUCCGUUUAAUAAUAUUACAUUGUGAAUAUUACAAUAGCAUUCAUUGCAUACAGCUAUCUUCACCUCGAACACAGGCUAUCAACAUGUCUUCAGGGAAUCUGUGCAUGCCAAAUAAUUCUAAUCAGGAUAUGAAGCUAACACUAACAUUACAAAGUGAAUUUCGCAGCUACGUUCCCUAUGAACUCUGGGCAAGAGCUCUUCACAAGAGUGGACAAUACCGUGCAGCACUGGACAAGGUUGAAUAUGCUAAGGGAAUGCAUUCAGUUGCGGCAAGCUUCCAGGCUCAGCGGAGUAGUGUUGGGCAUGACGAUGGCGGUGAAGCCAGUGAUGGCUUUGGUAUUGGUGAUAAUGGUGAAUGGCUGAGUAUUGACGGUAAUGUUGAUGUUAACAGGGCUAUUGGUGAUAACGUGAUAACGGGGUAUUGA